CUCGCUGAUUGGUCCUGGUGCCGUCAGUGUUUCCGGCCAUGCUGCGCCCGGCGCGAUUGCAUCAUGGCGGGACGGAGAUAAGAAGCCCAGCAUAGGUCUCAGACUGCUGUAGUACAAUCUCCAAACUUUGACACCUUUCCUAGUGAAUGUUGUUAUCCUCUAGAAAAAAUGGUUCAACAAGUUCCAGAAAACAUAAAUUUUCCAAAUGAGGAAGAGAAGAUAUUGAAGCUCUGGAAAGAUCUUAAUUGUUUCAAGGAAUGCCUAAAGCAGUCAAAGAACAGACCUAGGUUUAACUUCUACGAUGGUCCCCCGUUUGCCACUGGGCUCCCCCACUAUGGCCAUAUCCUUGCAGGAACCAUCAAAGACAUAGUAACCAGAUUUGCUCAUCAGAGUGGUUUCCAUGUUGACAGAAGGUUUGGCUGGGAUUGCCAUGGCUUACCUGUGGAAUACGAGAUUGACAAGACUUUAGGCAUUAAAGGGCCAGAGGACGUGGCAAAGAUGGGCAUUGAAGCUUACAACAAAGAGUGCAGAGGGAUUGUGAUGAGAUAUGCCAAAGAGUGGGAGUUCAGUGUUACCAGAUUAGGACGCUGGAUUGAUUUUGAAAAUGACUAUAAAACUCUUUACCCUGAGUUCAUGGAGUCUGUGUGGUGGGUUUUCAAGCAGCUCUAUGACAAAGGACUGGUCUAUAGAGGGGUUAAGGUCAUGCCUUUCUCAACUGCAUGCAACACCCCACUGUCCAACUUUGAGUCCCAUCAGAACUACAAGGAUGUUCAGGAUCCUUCAGUGACUGUGAGCUUCCCACUGGAGGAAGAUCCCAGUGUUUCUCUUGUUGCCUGGACCACGACUCCCUGGACCUUGCCCAGCAAUCUGGCCCUUUGUGUUAAUCCAGAAUUGCAAUAUGUGAAACUGAGAGAUAAGGCCACAGGGAAGAUUUACAUUUUGAUGGAGUCCAGGCUGGUGGCACUGUACAAAUCUGACAGUGAAUAUCAGAUACUUGACAGGUUUCCUGGCAUUGCUCUUAAAGGCAAGAAAUACAAACCACUCUUUGAAUAUUUUAUUCAGUGCAAAGAAAAAGGUGCCUUUACCGUGCUGGUGGAUGGUUAUGUGAAGGAGGAAGAAGGCACAGGAGUUGUCCAUCAGGCUCCCUAUUUUGGUGCUGAUGAUUAYAGAGUCUGCAUGGAUUUUAACAUCAUUCAGAAGGACUCUGUGCCUGUGUGUCCUGUUGAUGCAUCAGGCUGCUUCACAGCAGAAGUGGCUGACUUUGCUGGGCAGUAUGUGAAGGAUGCAGAUAAGCACAUCAUCAGAUGGCUGAAGGAGAAGGGCCGGCUGAUUCACAGCACCACCUUCCAGCACAGCUACCCCUUCUGCUGGAGGUCAGAUACUCCGCUGAUCUACAAAGCUGUGCCCAGCUGGUUUGUCAGGGUGGAGCACAUGGUGGAGAAGCUGCUGGAGAAUAACGCCCAGUGCUACUGGGUUCCAGAUUUUGUGAGGGAGAAGCGCUUUGGGAACUGGCUGAAGGAUGCCCGGGACUGGGCCAUCUCYCGGAACCGCUACUGGGGGACCCCCAUCCCUCUGUGGGUCAGCGAGGAUUUGGAAGAGGUGGUUUGUGUUGGCUCAAUGGCAGAGCUGGAAGAGCUGUCUGGAGUCAAAGUCACGGAUCUCCAUCGAGAAAGCAUUGACCAGCUGACCAUCCCAUCCCGCAGUGGGAAAGGUGCCCUGCGCCGCGUGCCCGAGGUGUUUGACUGCUGGUUCGAGAGUGGCAGCAUGCCCUAYGCCCAGGUGCACUACCCCUUUGAGAACAGGAGGGAGCUCGAGGAUGCUUUCCCUGCUGACUUCAUCGCYGAGGGCAUCGACCAGACCCGGGGAUGGUUCUACACUUUGCUGGUGCUGUCCACUGCUCUUUUUGGGAGGCCUCCUUUCAAGAAUGUCAUUGUGAAUGGCCUCGUCCUUGCCAGUGAUGGCCAAAAAAUGAGCAAAAGGAAGAAGAAUUACCCCGAUCCCAUGACCAUUGUGGACAGUUACGGGGCUGAUGCUCUCAGGUUGUACCUGAUCAAUUCUCCCGUGGUGAGAGCAGAAAACCUGAGGUUCAAGGAGGAGGGAGUGCGGGAUAUCCUGAAGGAUGUGUUCCUGCCCUGGUACAACGCCUAUCGCUUCCUGGUGCAGAACGUGCAGAUCCUGCAGCACAAGGAUGAGGGAAGAGAAUUCCUUUACAAUGAGAACACAGUUAAGGAGAGCAAUAACAUCAUGGAUAAAUGGAUCCUUUCUUUCACCCAAUCCCUCAUCCAGUUCUUCAAAGCUGAAAUGGCAGCUUACAGGCUGUACACGGUGGUGCCUCGGCUGGUGAAGUUUGUGGAUGUUCUGACCAACUGGUACGUCAGAAUGAACCGCAGGAGGCUCAAGGGUGAGAAUGGAACUGAGGACUGCAUUAUGGCCUUGGAAACCUUGUUUAGUGUCUUGUUCUCCAUGUGCAGACUCAUGGCACCAUAUACUCCAUUUAUCACUGAGCUGAUGUACCAGAAUCUGAAAACACUCAUUGAUCCAGCCUCGGUCCAGGAAAAGAACACUGAGAGCAUCCACUACCUCAUGCUCCCCCAAGUCAGGGAGGAUCUCAUCGACAAAAAAAUUGAAAGUGCCGUUUCUUGUUUGCAGUCUGUGAUUGAGCUGGGACGAGUCAUCAGAGACAGGAAAACCAUCCCAGUCAAGUAUCCUCUGAAAGAAGUUGUAGUUAUCCACCAGGAUCCAGAGGCUCUGGAAAACAUCAGGUCUUUAGAGAAGUAUGUACUGGAGGAGCUCAAUGUCCGUGUGCUGACGCUGUCUGCAGACAAGGCCCGSUACGGCGUGCGGCUGCGGGCCGAGCCUGAGCACACCGUGCUGGGCCGGCGCCUCAAGGGUGCCUUCAAGGGCGUCAUGGCUGCCAUCAAGGAGCUGAGCAGCGAGCAGCUGGAGAGGUUCCAGGAGACAGGCAGCAUUGUUGUGGAAGGACAUGAACUCCAUGGGGAGGAUCUCCGUCUCAUGUAUCAGAUGACAGAGGGAUCUGCCCAGUUCGAGGCACACUCCGAUGCUCAGGUUUUGGUGCUGCUGGAUGUAACCCCAGACCAGUCCAUGGUGGAUGAAGGAGUUGCCCGGGAGGUGAUCAAUCGCAUCCAGAAGCUGCGCAAGAAGAGGAACCUGGUCCCYACGGAUGAGAUCACAGUGUACUACAGGUCCCUGCCACAGGGGGAAUACCUGGACACCGUCAUCCAGGAGCACUCCGAGUUCAUCUUUGCCACCAUCAAAGCAGACCUGAAGCCUUACCCGGUGCCUACCUCAAAGGAAGUGCUCAUCCAGGAAAAAACCCAACUGAAGGGAUCAGAGCUGGAAAUCACCCUGGUCAGAGGGGGAGUGUGUCAGUCUGCUGGCCCAGCCUGUGCCUACGUCAACCUCAAAGUCUGUGUCAAUGGCACAGAGCAAGAUGGUGUAUUGCUGCUGGAAAAUCCAAAAGGAGAUAAUACCUUGAACUUCACUGGACUUGUAGAUGCUGUCUCCUGCAUUUUUGGUCUUAAAAAUUCCAAACUGACAGUUUUUAAUGGAAACACAGAGCUGCUGAAGCAGACAGACCUGCUGGGGCUCAGUGGGCAGACUCUGCAUGUGACAGCAGGGCCAGCCCCAGCCCUGGCCAGCUCCCCCAGUGCCCUGCUGUGCCAGUACAUCAACCUGCAGCUGCUCAAUGCCCAGCCACAAGAAUGCCAGAAAGGAACAGUGGGAACUCUCCUAAUGGAAAACCCUGUUGGUCAGAAUGGAUUAACCUACAAAGGUCUUCUGCAUGAAACAGCAAAAGUUUUUGGGCUCAGAAGCAGGAGGCUAAAGUUGUUCCUGGAUGAAGCACUAACUCAUGAGAUCACAAAGGACAUCUCCAUGAAGAACCUGAACAUGAAGACCCUGUAUGUCCAUGUCAUACCCACCACAGCUGAAUGUUGAGAAUUCCAGAUUUGUGAAGAGACCAUGCAGACAUUUUUCCACACAAAGUGAAGUCAAAGGAAAUUAUUAUGCUUUUAGAUGAACAUCCAAGUUGUGUAUGGUACUUCUAACAUCUCUAGUGGCACACAGGAUGUUUUCUACCAGUGCAUGUGUAAUAUGCUGCUCUUUGGUUUCAAAUACAAUGUAUUUUCAUUAUGUUACCUUACAAUGCUGUAAAAGCUGUUCAGAAACCUUAGAUAUCUAUGCAGUAAUUUGCCUGAGAGAAACGGGACUUGUACCUCAGUGAUGCUGUUCUCUGCCUGUCCUUUGUGCAGAGGGCAUCUUUUCUAAACCCUGGGUUACCUACAAGGCUCUCUGAUGUAUACCCACCAUCCUACAACAGCUUUGUAACUUAUUUAAGGGGUAUCGGGAUUUGUUCAUUCAUACUCGCUGGAUUUUCAUCAAGUGUGUGGCUGUUGAUUUCAAAUACUCCCUAAUUUCAACACUUGGAACAAUAAAUUUGCUUCAUCUCCAGACUCUUGCUUCCCUGAGUUCAGAGUACUUUGCUUCCUUAGGAUUUCUGAGGAAGGCACCUGUUGGAGCUCYGGAUGGAUCAGAACACCCAGAGAUGUCACUGAGAUGUGACAGCUGAAUGCCAGGGGCAGUUUGGAUUGUGGUGCUGACAGCUUUGGGGGGUUGGUUUGCUCAGGGCUUUGGGGGAGAGUUGUUCUGAUGCAGAAGCACUUUCAGACUGGAAUUAGUUUGGGGUUUUGGKUUUUAUAAUACUCAUUACGACUCGUCACCUGUUUCAGUGCUCACUUGUGUAUCUGCAGGCAGGUGAAGGAAGAGACCACCUCUGCCAGUUUGGGGUGUUUUUGCCUGGUUCAGCUGGAGAUUUAAGCACACCCUGGGGUAGGUGAGUGUGAGCCUUGGCUGUGCCCAGCCUGUGCUGCUGC